UACUUUUCUAGCGUUCCAUAAAGCCAGAAUUGACGGUAUGACGAGCGAAAUGGACAUGUGCGCUGCCGUUGGAAACGAUUCUGUUAUUAAAAGCCCAAAUGACAAGAAAGAUUACAGGGUUGUAAAACUGGAGAAUGGCCUGACUGCUCUACUGAUAAAGGAUGUAGACAACAAUGAUGAUGACGGUGAUGGAGAAGAAGAUCAAGGAUUGGAGGAGGAGGAGGAGAUGGCAGAAGAUAAAGAUCAAAACUUAAAAAGAAGGAAUGUCGGAUGUUGUGGAACAGAAGAUGAGGAGAUGGCAGAAGAUGGAGAAGAUGAAAGCUUAAAGAGAAGGAAGGUUGAAUCUUGUGGAACAGAUGAUGAGGAGAUCGAAGAAGAAGAGGAGGAGGAGGAAGAGGAGGAACCAGAAGGGGGAGACGAGGAGGAAGGAGAAGAGUUACCCCAAAGGAAGAAUAAAAACAAACGGUCAAAGAUGGCAGCAGCAGCUUUGUGUGUCGGUAUUGGAAGCUUCAGUGACCCUGAUGAUAUUCCAGGCUUUGCUCAUUUUCUUGAACACAUGGUGUUUAUGGGGAGUGCGAAGUAUCCUUGUGAAAACUCCUUUGAUGCGUUCAUCCAGAAGCAUGGAGGAAGCGAUAAUGCCGCAACAGGAUUUGAUAAGACUGUUUUUCAGUUUGAGAUUCAGAAGAAGCAUUUUCGAGAAGGAUUGGACAGGUUUGCUCAGUUCUUUACAGAGCCCCUUCUAAAGCAAGAUUCGACCGACAGAGAGUUGGAAGCUGUUGAUAGUGAAUUUCAGAUGAGUGUUCAGAAUGACUAUCAUCGUAAACAGCAGAUGAUGAGUGUUUUCUGUAAGGAAGGACAUCCAAUGGGAAAGUUCACCUGGGGUAACUCUAAAUCCUUGAAGGUUGAUCCUGCAGCAAAGAAUAUCAACGUACAUGAGAGGCUUAAGCAGUUCAGGAAAGAGAUGUACUCUUCACAUUACAUGACGCUGGUAGUCCAAUCAAAAGAUUCUUUGGAUGAUUUAGAGCAAUGGGUUAGGGAAUCGUUCAGCAAUAUACCAAACAAUGGUUUAGAGAAGCCGUCAUUUAGUUCUUGUGGACAGCCUUUUCAACAUGAGAAAUUCCAUAAGCUUUACAAAGUUAUACCAGUUCAAGAUGAACACACACUUGAUCUUACAUGGUCUCUACCGUCACAGCAGAAGCAUUACAGAUGUAAACCUCUUCAUUAUCUUGGCUGGCUCCUGGGUCAUGAAGGUCAAGGAAGCAUUAUGGCUCUUCUCAAGAAACGAGCUCUUGCCUUGAGAUUGUUCUGCGGGAACUCUGAAAAUAGCACCGAACACAACGAGACUUAUGCUGCAUUCAACUUCAAUAUUGUACUAUCAGAUGAAGGACUAAAGAGAGUAAAUGAGGUGUUGGUGAUCAUCUUUCAAUACAUCAAUAUGCUGCACAAGGAAGGUCCACAAAAGAGGAUAUUUGAUGAGAUCAAGACGGUGGGGGACAACACCUUUAGGUUCUUCUCAGAGAUGGAUCCUAUUGAUAAUGUAGAUGACAUGUCAGAGAGGAUGCAUCUCUACCCCCCUCAGGAAUACAUCACAGGACCUCUCAUACAGACAGAAUACAAGCCACAGGUGAUCAAGGAAUGUACCGAUUACUUUUCUCCGGAGACGGCAAACAUCAUCAUUUCAUCUAAAGAGUUUAUUGGGGAGACGGAUCAGAAGGAGGAAUGGUUUGGUACAGAGUUCACCGUUCAGGACAUCCCGGAAGAGUUGAUGGCGAAUAUACGGAAUGCCGGUUUGAACCCUGAAUUGUACCUUCCAACGCCCAAUAAAUUCAUUGCAACUGAGUUUGAACUGAAGAAAGCAGAUGUACCAGACACCGAUUACCCAACGUGCAUCUUGGAUAAUGGAUACAGCAAGUUAUGGUAUCGCCGUGACACAAAGUUCAACAUGCCAAGAGCAUCUAUGUACUUCCACUUGAUGACCCCGCUUGCUUACCUCUCACCUAAACACGCCGUGACCUUUGACCUCUUUGUGUCUCUCCUGGAGCAUCAGUUGACGGAUACAGCGUAUGAAGCCGAGGCGGCCGAGCUGAAUUACACAUUGAAGGCCAUGGAGACAGGGCUUGAGAUCAGGCUCGAUGGCUUUGAUCACAAGCUUCCGCUUCUCUUUAAGACUAUCGUAGAGGCCAUAACAAACUUCAACUUCUCACAAGACAUGUUUGUGGCUGUGAAGGAGAAUCUCAAGAAUUCUUACCAUAACUACAUCCUCAAACCAGCCAAGGUCUGCAGAGACCUGCGACUGUCUAUUCUCCAGAAGGUCAAGUGGACUGCAAUGGACAAGAACAGUGUUGUCCAAGCGGUCAGCUCAGUAGACGUCAUGAAGAUGGCCAAAGACUUCAGAUCCAAGCUCUUCUUUGAGGCAUUAGUACAGGGAAAUUUCACCUCACAGGAGGUUAAGAUGCUAGAAGAGUACUUCCGUGAGAAGCUUUGCUUUGCAUCCAUCCCAGAGGAUGAGAGACCGGUAACCAGGGUGCUAUGUGUUCCGGGAGGGAGCCACACACUGAGAUGGAAAGCAUAUAAUGAGUCUGAUACAAACACAGUCAUCACGAACUACUUUCAGGCCGGUCCAGGAACAGUCAUGAGUUUAAGUGUUCUUGAUGCACUCACGAUUGUUAUGGAAGAGCCAUGCUUCCAUGUUUUGAGAACGCAACAACAAUUAGGGUAUACAGUGCAUGCAUCUAUGAGAAAUACCUUUGGUGUGCUAGGUUUUGCCAUUUCAGUCCAUACGCAAGCAAGUAAAUUCAGUGCAAGCUAUGUAGAUGGUUGUAUGGAUGCCUUCUUGAAGACGUUCAGUGACCAGCUUGACGAUAUGCCCCAAGAGGAUUUCAAGACUCAGAUGGACGGUCUGAUCAACAUGCUCCUUUGCGAAGACGCUUCGUUACUGGAAGAAUCGGACAGAAACUGGGGAUAUGUCAUCAAUCAGGAAUACACAUUCGAUAGGAUUCACAGGAAGGUUGAAGUCUUGCGAUCUCUGACUCUGAAUGACAUUAAAUCCUUCUUAAUGGAUCACAUACAUGAUGGUACUCACUUCCGCAAGCUGAGUGUUCAGGUCAUCGGAUACGGUGAGCACGAGAAGAAAAACCCCUUGAAACCUUCCACCAAUGAAAACACAGACAUGGAUGACGUAGCCGUCACAUCGGCCAAUCAAAAUGGAGAUGAGAUGGAUUCAACCAAUCAGAGCAUGAUCCACUCAGAGAUUGACCAAUCAGAAUCAAGAGUUGUCCCCCAGGAUGAGGGCAUGUCAGGGGUGUGUAUAACGGACAUUGGGGCAUUUAAACAAGAUCUGUCUCUUCUUCCAGUUAGUAAGAUAGAUCAUUGAUGAAGGCCCUUCCAUGAUAGGUAGCUCUUACUUCAUUAACAUUGGGAGAUAAAUUACCGGUAAUGCGUCUUUGUUCCAAGUGCAACCUGUCAUAUACAUGUAUAGAGUACCGAAGUGAUGACGUCACAAUUUUUUUGUUGCAUUUCAGCGUUUUAGAUACCAUAUUCUGGUAGAGCUUGAUGAAAAACCCCCACUUCCAAAAUUUUGUGAGAAUCGGUCCAUGGGGGCCUGAGAUAUGACGUCAUGAAUACAUAUUUGGGUUGUGGGGGUUUUUCAUCAUGCUAUACCAAGAUCUGGUACAAAAACGCUGAAAUGCAAAAAGUGAAAAUUGAUGAUGUCACGCUUUGGUACUCUAUACAUAUACGCCCAUGAGAAAAUGCUGCCAUCCCAUGACAAAAGGACGCAACUCUGUGGAUUAAUUUUUCUUAGAAAAUUAGGAACAUGGGUCAUUUUUUAAUGGGAAAAUUAAAAGUAACUAGCUUUUUGAAAUGUCUAUAUUUCAGAAAUAUGGGUCCAUGUGACUCCUAUUCCUUUAGCAUCAUUUUGAGCAUACAUCAAAUAUCCCAAUUCAAUAAAAAGAAGUCAAUUUUGACCCCCCCAAAAAAAAAAUCAGAGUUGCUACUGUUUGUCAUGGGAUGGCAGAAUAGCCUGGGUCACGUAACACAAAGGUUAGCGAUUAAUCGUACGCUUGAUUUGUACGAUUGAUUGUACAGUGUAGUCAAUGGAAUCAAUCGUAGAAAAAUGUUCUACGAUCGUUGCUAAGCUUUGUGUUAUGGGACCCUGGUGACAAUUGCAUUGCUAAGCCAGCAGUUUGUGACUCUUUGACUUUGCUAUUGUUUAUUUUUAAUUACAGAUCAAGUAUGCAAUCUUUUUAUCUGGGUACAAGCCAAAAAUAGAAAAUCCCCACUUUCCCCAUACAGCCUGACACAUACAUGUAUAGUGUAUGUGGGAUAUUCUUUCUUUGCUAUCAUUCUUAAGUAUUUUAAAGUUACAAUAUAUGAUUUAGAUUUUUAAAGUGUUAUACUGAGAAUGUAUGAAAUAAUUUUUAUCCUACAUUAGUAUCAUGUCUCGCAGAUUAAAAUCUUAUUUCAAUUCCAGAGUAUUAAACACUGAUCAUGAUUCAUCGGUUCAUACUAAAAAUCUCUAAUGAACGAAUUCUUAAUCUGGAAAUCUAUUUUUGAACCUUUCUAAUCACGACUCUCCUGACACAGUUUGGCGUUAAGUAAGUUAGGCUGUCAAAAGUCACAAUAAAGCCUUGUUUCAAAACAAUAAUAUGAGGGUUUUUUUUUCUUUUCAGCUGGCAAGCAGUGAAUAUACACAAAACUUACAUUGUUGUACCUUAGCUUUUUCAAGUUUUACUAAUUUUUGAAAAAUUAUAACACUGGGGGAUUUUUCAGUUUUAUUUCCAUUAGUAAAUGGAUAUAUUUUUAUUACACCUGAAUGU